GCGAGUCAACAAAGAGCGCGGAACAAAGGAAUUGUUCUGCAUUUGUGAUAUCAAACUACACCCUUAAAUAACAAUUUUCCUAAAAGCCUCUGCUAGAUGCGUAAAUGUUAAUGUUUUAAUGUCCCUCUCUAUACAGCCAUUAAACAAAAAAUAAAAUCACAUAGAAAAAGCGUUAAUGCAUUUUCUCACUUCUGUGGGAACAUUAACCAUGGUUUGACUACAGUAACCAGUUUGUUUGUUUAAUUUGUAGUAAACCACAUUUUUACCAUUGUAUUACUAUAAGAAUAUCAUAGCUUAACUUUGGUAUUUGUAAUGAAAAUCAGUAAUACAAAUAGUGAUUAGUUAAUUUUCCUACGUGAAAAUCUGUCUGGUGUCCGACGACACCUGCUUUUGGGCUUUUAAAGCUUCUAGGCGUUGUGUGCGUUUAUUAGGUCGUAUUUUGUUGAGACUGUCAAUUGAUAUCUUUUUACUCUUCUCGGAUGUACAAGGGUUAAGAGGUGAGACGUUCGAGUGUUCAGACCCGCUGUAAAUAUGUGGAACUUGCUGACAUCCAAUCAGAUCGCGACUCCACUAGCAGAUUGGCCAAUAGGCACACGCUGUGGGCUUAGUGUCGGCCGCAGGUGAAGUGGAUAGUGGCUCUUGUGUGUUCACUCAUACUUGCGCUCUGGCGACGUGGAUGCGCAUCCGCAAAAAGUGCCUUAACACGGGGCGCAAUGCGACUAAACUGCCGCCACGGGGCUAAAACUCCAUGUGAUCCGGAUCAGAACCGUUUAACUUCGAUGCUCUGGGAUCAAAAGUGACUUUUUUUGUUGAAAAUGGCCGUGCGCAGUAACUCUCUGAUGCCAUUUUCCAUUCAAGCCAUUCUAAACCGAAAAGAAGAGUCUCGCCAUCUGAAGGAUCUGGAUGUGUGUUUCUCCAAAAGUGCGUGCUGGAAAAUCUUUGAUGAAAUGGACGGAACGGAGCGAAGCGACGAGCGAGAGCAGCAAAACUACGAUUCAGACUCUGGACUUAGCGAGGAUAACGACGCGAGAGCGCAACGGGACCCAAAGAGCAUGAAAGACGCUGAUUUAGCGGACGAAACUGAUCACGAAUCCACGGCAGCGGAUCACAGCAAAGGCCUAAGCGAUUGCGUGUCCGAUUGCAAUGCGACAGAGGAGAAAAGCGGCGAUCAGCCCAAGCAACGGAAGAAACGCUCCCGCGCCGCGUUCUCACACGCGCAGGUGUUCGAGCUCGAGCGGCGCUUUAAUCAUCAGCGCUAUUUAUCUGGACCGGAGCGCGCGGACCUCGCGGCAUCUCUCAAACUCACCGAGACGCAGGUCAAGAUCUGGUUUCAGAACCGACGGUACAAAACCAAACGGCGUCAGAUGGCCGCCGACCUGCUGGCCUCGGCCCCGGCAGCGAAGAAAGUGGCCGUGAAAGUUCUGGUCCGUGACGACCGGAGGCAGUACAGUCCUGGAGAACUGCUUCGACCCCCGCUGCUCGCGCUGCAGCCCUCCUAUUACUACCCGUACACGUACUGCCUGCCCGCCUGGAGCCUGUCCUCCUGUACUGGAAACCAGUAACUGUAGAACACUCGCUGCUGUAGGCUACUGGAAACCAGUGACUGAACACUCGCUCAUAUUUAUUUUGUUAAGACGUUUACGAAAAAUACCGAGGAGAUUUAUUUACAGAAUUGCCUCGUUCCUCCCGGGACUGUUUUCAGUUUGGUUCUGUACGGACACGUUUAGGAUUUUAUUUCAGAUUGUAUGGACAGUUUGUCAUUUUCUUUCGAUUUUUUUAACAAAACAUUCUUUCCUCUGGUUGGAAAACAGCACUUGAUGUCGUUAAGACGCGUUCUUGCUGCAGUUCUAAGGUAACGACUGGCACUUUCCCCAUAUUGCGAAAUUUAAGCUUAAAAACUGAGCAAAAUAAUGAUAUGAAGGUUUGUUAAACUCCUUUAUAAGCGAGCCGUGGAAUUCAAACGAUUUAAAUAUGUACUUGUUUUCGUAUUUGUGUAAUAUGUUUUUGUUGCUGUUGUUUAAAUGCAAACAUUAAAAUUUGUAAAGCUUCAUUUGUUUUUUCUUACAUUUGUAUUUAUA